CCAAUAUAAGCAGCCAGUCAGCCCUCACCCCAUUCAAGACCACAGCAACAGCAAUUGUAUUUUUUAAAUGUUAUGCUUAUCAAAACAUUCUGGCCUUAUCUGAUACAGUUAUAACAUAAUUUGCUGUGCUGGCGUGUUGUUUGUGAGGGAGUCACACGGGGACACAAGACCAAAGACCUUUAUGGUCGACAUAUCUCGUAUUUAGUAGUAGUGUGUCAUCCAGAGCGAAUAAAGGUCAUACACUUUGGUGGUGGAACAAGGAAAGGAGUCUUCGAAUUAUUAGUAGCUCUUAACCAGAGAUAUAAAUAAAUCGAAAAAGUGACAAUUGGACACUCUGUCAGAUCACAAUGGUGGAUAAUCGUCAAGUCCUGAAGAAUAAUGUUGAGGCUGAUAUUCGAAAGAAAAUUCAGAAUGCUCAAAAAGUUCUAGGCGACCUUCGAGGUGCAGUCCUUUUAGUUGAAGAAAAUUCGACAAAGGCCAAAGGUGAAGUAAACCAAGCUGUCCAAUCUAUCCAACAACUCAUUAGUAAUCGAAAGCGUGAGUUAACCAGGCAAAUUGACAUUAUUUGUCAUAAGCAGAUUAGUAGUUUGCAUGAUGAGAUUCAAUCAACGUAUUUGGCAUUGGGAAGCCUUCAAAGCACACUUUCGAAUUUGGAUUCUUUUGACCAUACCCAACUGAGAAGUCUACACAUCCCAAAUCUGACGCCAGAAUGUAAAACGUGGUCAGAACCGUCCCCAGUGGAACUGAAGGUGAACAAUGCCGUGUUGGAUGAAAACAUUCGAGAUUGGGGGAGCGUAUCCUCCAAGGGACUGAAGGGAUUGUUUGACGUAGGAACAUCCGUUUCUCUGCCCCCAAGAUUUGUCGAAUACCAGGAUAGUAAGAGCGGCCAAGAGUUUAUGAGCCACAAACCUGUAACAUCCGGGUCCAAUUCGGUCAUUACCGUUGCAAGACAACCCAAAUUGCCCUGCACUCCCAAGAACACUACGGAGACGGUCCCAGUGCCCGCAGGCUGCGGAUUUGAAAUGCGUGACAUCGAAGAGUGGUUGUCUGGAGUGAAGCUGCAAACCUCUGAAACUGAUGAUUUUGAAAUUGUAUCAAUUGAAGAUUCAAACUCAACUAAGCGGAAUGACCCAGCCACACCAUUGCCGGGGAAGGGAGAUAAUAACCAGCAAGAACUCGAUACGCCGACUAUUGUUUGUUGGCAAAAUGAGGAAAACCUCUCAAAAUGGUUAAAGCCGAAAAAAACUUGUGAAAAAGAGAACAUGAUUCCAACAACUGAGAAGCGUUGUCAUAAAAAAGCCUAUAUCCACAACCCUCUAAAAAAUCGAUUCGUUGAUUUUCCUUGUCUUCGUACAGAGCCACUAUCUUGGGUUCCUCCAAAAAGAGCUAAGCUAAAUGUUUCCGAGCUUACUUUUCCACCAAGUGAAAAUUUUCCUCCAGAGUACUCUCUACCAGCUCCAUUCUGGCUAAAGAAACACUGUUAAAAAAUCUAGCUAAGCUAUAAAUCUAUAGUUUUCCGAUCAAUUAGCGAAAUGUAAUUGCUUGUUUUUUUUGUAAAAAAUAAUUUAAAUCAACAUCCUCCACGAUAUAAAGCAAAAUUUUUAGCCGAUUUUAACGACGUUAUAUAAUGUAAGCAUUACAAUUUGAGAAUAUGAUUCCCAGAUGCUAAAUUGGAAUUUUUAUGUGUUGUAAUAAAAAUAUAUCCAUUCUAAUACUUA